UUCAAAAAGUGUGCAAGGAUACAGGGCUGAGACUUGAAGGAAAACUUCUAUACACUGCAGCCAGGGACCAUCAUCAGAGCCAGGGACCAUCAUCAGAGCCAGGGACCAUCAUCAGAGCCUGGAGGCUGCUGCUACUGACCUGCUUGCAGUCAGAGCUGGUGUCAUUCCUAAACCAUGUUGGUGGUUCCUGCAUUCCUUCUCUUCCUUACACUCUCUGUACCUGCACUGGGACAAUAUGAGCACUGGCAGUAUUAUCCUGAAUAUCACGAGCAACAAGCACCCCCUCCACGGCCAACAGAGCCACCCAAGCCUGCCCAGAAGGUCCACGUUCGUCUAGCAGGAGAGAAACGCAAACACACUGAAGGGAGAGUGGAAGUUUACUAUAACGGGGAGUGGGGCACUGUGUGCGAUGAUGACUUCUCUAUCCAUGCGGCUCAUGUAAUCUGUAGAGAACUAGGCUUCACGGAGGCAUUAUCAUGGGCACCCGGCGCCAAGUACGGCAAGGGAGAUGGUACAAUCUGGCUGGACAACGUACACUGCAACGGCAGAGAGAGCAGCAUUGCCUCUUGCACCUCUAAUGGCUGGGGGGUUUCGGACUGCAAGCACAGUGAGGACGUCGGCAUUCAGUGCAGCGACCGCAGGAUCCCUGGGUACAAAUAUGAUAAUGCUUUGGUGGAGCGGCUGGAGGUGCUGAACAUUCUGGUGGAAGACGUGCGCAUCCGCCCCAUCCUUGCCACAUACCGCAAGCGAGUGCCUGUUACUGAGGGUUACGUGGAAGUAAAAGUUAAUGACCAAUGGAAGCAGGUGUGCGACACCCACUGGACCCAGAAGAACAGCAGAGUAAUAUGUGGCAUGUUCGGGUUCCCCGGGGAGAGGAAAUACAACCAGAAGGUCUACAAAAUGUUUGCAACCCGCAAGAAGCACACCUACUGGGAAUUCUCUGCUAACUGUACUGGAAAUGAGGCCCACAUAUCCUCCUGCACUGUUGGCAAUAUUCCUUCAAACCUGACCUGUAAUGAUGGGGCUCCUGCAGUAGUCAGCUGCACCCCAGGAAGAGCCUUUGCCCCAAGUCCCAACGCAGGCUUCAGAAAGGCAUUCCGUCAAGAGCAUCCAUUGGUGCGCCUGAGGGGUGGAGCCAACACUGGAGAAGGACGAGUUGAGGUUCUGAAGAAUAAUGAGUGGGGAACUAUUUGUGAUGAUCGAUGGAACUUGGUUUCUGCCAGUGUGGUCUGCAGGGAGCUUGGGUUUGGCAGUGCCAAAGAGGCUUUAUCAGGAUCACAGAUGGGGCAAGGGAUGGGCCACAUUCAUAUGAGUGAGAUCGAGUGCUCCGGUUUUGAAAAGUCACUUAUAGAUUGCAAGUUUAACAUGCAUACCCCCAGCUGUACCCAUGAGGAGGAUGCGGCAGUGAAGUGCAAUAUACCAGCCAUGGGUUUCCAGAACCAGGUUCGUCUGAGUGGCGGACGUAACCCCACAGAGGGAAGAGUGGAAGUUUUAAUGGAGAAGAAUGGCACCCUGCGCUGGGGCACUGUGUGCAGUGAGAGCUGGGGCACACUGGAAGCCAUGAUUGUCUGUCGCCAGCUAGGACUAGGAUUUGCCAGCCAUGCUUUCCAGGAAACCUGGUACUGGCAGGGUGAUGUCACGGCUGAUGAUGUCAUUAUGAGUGGAGUGAAGUGCUCUGGCACAGAGAUGUCCCUGUCACACUGCAGACAUGACGGGCCCCACAUCAAUUGCCCCAAAGGAGGAGGACGAUUCGCUGCCGGAGUGUCUUGUGCAGAGACUGCCUCUGAUCUUGUCCUCAAUGCUCCUCUGGUUGAGCAGACCACAUACUUGGAGGACAGACCCAUGUUUAUGCUUCAAUGUGCCCAUGAAGAGCGAUGCCUGUCCUCCUCAGCUGACCGUGCCAGUUUUACCACUGGAUACCGUCGCCUUCUACGGUUCAGCUCCCAGAUACAUAACAACGGACAAGCUGACUUUCGACCUAAGACAGGACGCCAUGCCUGGGUAUGGCACGAAUGCCACCGCCACUACCACAGUAUGGAGGUCUUCACUCACUAUGACUUGCUGAGUUUGAAUGGGACCAAGGUUGCUGAGGGGCACAAGGCCAGUUUCUGUCUGGAGGACUCGGAGUGUGAAACAGAUGCACAGAAGCAGUUUGUGUGCGCUAAUUUUGGUGAACAAGGGAUCAGUAUUGGCUGCUGGGAUAUUUACAGACAUGACAUCGACUGCCAGUGGGUCGAUAUCACUGAUGUGGCCCCAGGAGAUUAUUUCUUUCAGGUUAUUAUUAACCCCAACCAGGAGGUGGCAGAGUCAGAUUACACCAACAACAUCAUGAAGUGUCGAUGUCGAUAUGAUGGCCAACGUAUAUGGAUGUACAACUGCCAUAUAGGUGGCUCAUACAGCACAGAGACCGAGGAAAAAUUUGAACAAUUCAGCGGACUCAUCAACAACCAGCUGUCAGCCCGGUAGAACCGAUAGGGAACAAAGUUCAUCUCUUCCACAUCCAGAGGAGAACAGGAUCAGCCUCAAGUGCUCCAACAGCAAGCCUGGACAAUGAAGGGGAGGGAUCUAUUGGCUGUGGUGCUAGUCCUUAUGGGAGAGGGUUGUAAAGCUGUAUCUUCUGGAUAAUCUUACAUUCCUUGGUACUUGGCAACAAAGCAGACAUCAAAUAAGCAGUCUGAAUACGCAUGUUCUACAGCCUAUCCACUCCAUAUAAGUCACUAAAAGGGGACCCCACUAUCAGAUGUGUCCACAUGACAGGAUUCCCAGGCCAGUAAUUUGGAUGCACACAAGAUCAAUUCUUCUAAAGAGACUGGCUAAGAAGAACACCUUUAUUUCUAUAUAUAAUCUAGGGCUGUGCAGCUGAUGGACUGAAGACGGUUGCUGCAAAUUUACUUGAUUGUACACUCGGCAAGUUGUACAUGGUGCACCAACAGUGGCGUGUUGCUAAUCACUGAAGAGCUGCCAUGGAAGCCGAGUGCUUGUGUCAUUCAGAUGUACAGCAUCAGGGACUGCACCAUUACACCUAGCCAACUGAUCCUGUUUCAGUCUCUCCAUGCACUCUGGGACCAUUAUAUCCACAUACUAUGGAUUCCAUAUGGCAUUUAUGGUGCUAUUAACUCUUCUGCCAGUGGAUCCUUCAGCACUUUGCUGUGCUCCAUGUCAUACACCUUGUGUCCGACAGACUUGCUAAUAUUCACAGGAGAGCUGCAGAACUGCCCUGCACAGCCUGUUAUGUACUAUGUAUUGAUAUGUGAAAUACACAUCCCUGUACACCAAUUCAGCUUCUCCCACCAGCCUGCAGUAAAGGCACCAGCACUGCAUCCAAACAGUACAUAUAUAUCUCCUUUCUGUGUAUGUCUAGGAAUAAAUUAUAACUUAUUACUAUUUA